AUGGGUCAAUUCCAUCGCAUUUACCCCUCUUCAACAGGUCCCAUCCCGUCUUAUUCACCCGCAAAGUCAAUUGAGUGUUGCUCCACUCCUACCGCGGACUAUGCCCCGAUUCCCCUCCGGCGCGGCUGGGAUCACCCGACCGAAAGCUGCGAGCCGCUUCGUCUCCGUCGGCAGCCCUCCCAAUAA